AUGAAAGAGGCCGCAGCAGCUGUACGAAAUAAUCUUUACGUUGACGAUUACUUAGGAUCAUCGAAAGACGUUGAAACUGGAGCCUGGAUCGCAUUGGCGGUCAAGAACGUACUCGCCGACGGUGAUUUUCAUCUACAGCGGUGGACCCCCAACUCCCCGCAAUUUCGCGCUAUUGUGCAAGCAGCCGAUACCAGCCCCGAUGUUGAGGACAAGCCGCAUAGUUUUGGCGACGCGGACACUGAAAUGGUUUUAGGUGUCAUUUGGAGACCUAGCCGAGACACCCUCAGUUUUAAAAUCAGUGGACUUAAUAGUGUUGUGUACACGCGUGUUGGUCUGAUCAGUAAAGUGGCUAGCAUUCUUUAUCCACAAGGUGCAGCCGCACCGAUUACAGUGAAAGGCAAAAACAGGUUACGUGAGCUUGGUGUAAAAGGUCUCGAGUGGAAUGUCGAAGUGACAGGAGAAGAACGUCAUUGGUGGCAACAAUGGUUCUCUACGUUGUAUCAGCUGCAAGACGUCGAGUUUCCGCGUUGUCUGUUCCCAAAUGAGGAUUGCAUCGUUCGAGUGGAGCUUCAUACUUUCUGUGACGCCUCGGAAGAGGCGUAUGCUGCUGUUAGUUAUAUAAGAAAUGUGUAUGAAGAUAGGAACAUCGUUGUUCGCCAAGUGAAGGCGGGCAAUAAGCUCGCGCCAACAAAGACUCUGUCUAUUCCUAAGCUGGAGCUGAAUGCAGCUCUUCUUGAGGCUCGCUUAGCCCAAUUUUUCAAAAGGGCGUUAACGUACCAUGUCCACGGGCGUUACUUUUGGACUGAUAGUAGUACCGUCAGAAACUGGGUACGUGCAACCGCAUCCUUCUAUCAAAUUUUCGUCAGCCACCAAGUGGGAGAAACUCAGACUCUUACUGAACCCAAAGAAUGGAGAUUCGUGCCCGGUAAAAUCAAUCCAGCAGAUGCAGCCACCAGGUCGCAGUUGGAAAGCGAAGCUAUUCCCAUCAGUUGGCUGGACGGGCCCGAAUUUCUCUAUCAGACAGAAAGAUGCUGGCCCAAAGACCUGCCCUGGAUGGCCGUUACCGAAGAGCUUCGCCCGUCAAGAGUACAUACGACGACUACGCUCCCUGCCUUUGACUGGGAAACGUUCUAG